CGCGGCCGCCACCUUAGAGAUGGGCGCGCUUGCGAGAGCCGAGCCCGCUGGCCCGCGAGGCUGGAGCCGGAGCGGGAGCUUGGGGCUGCAGUCUGGUGACGAGCUCGGUGGAAGGGGAAACUUAGCCGGAGUGAGGCCGCUUCUGAGCCUCGAGCUCCGCGGGGAGACCGCGCCCGGCUCCGCCCGUCCGCCCCGCCCCUUCCCGGCAUCCUCCGUGUCGGCCAUGGCGGACGGCUGCGGGACCGGCAGGGAGCCGCCGUGCCUCGGGGCGGCCGCGGCGCUGCGGCGCUGGGAGCAGCUGAGGCGGCGGGCGGCGGCACCGUGGGCCCGCGGGCUGCUGGCCGUGGCCGCCGGGCUCGGGCUCUUCUACGCUGCGCUGCGGGUGCCGCUACGGCUCCGGGACGGCCUGGCCGCCGUGACUGUGUUCUUAAGCACUUUGACUCCAAAAUUCUACUUUGCCCUCACAGUGACCUCAUCCUUUAUAUCCGGACUGAUAUUUGUAUUUGAGUGGUGGCAUUUCCGAAAAUAUGGCACGUCCUUCAUUGAGCAGGUAUCUGUGAGUCACCUGAGGCCGCUCAUCGGCGGCGUGGAAAACAGCCCUCCAGCACCAGCAGCAUUCUCAGCUGGGGAGAAUGAGGCAAACAGACAGAACAUGCCAGAAUGCAAGAUGUGGCGAAAUCCUCUUAAUCUUUUCAGAGGAGCAGAAUACAGCAGAUACAUGUGGGUGACUGGGAAAGAGCCUCUUACCUACUAUGACAUGAAUUUGUCUGCUCAAGAUCACCAGAACUUUUUCACAUGUGAUACAGAUGCCCUUCGGCCUUCAGAUACAGUUAUGCAGAAAGCAUGGCGAGAGAGAAACCCUCAAGCCCGGAUUAAAGCAGCAUAUCAAGCCUUAGAGUUGAACAAUGAUUGUGCCACUGCAUAUGUUCUUCUCGCAGAGGAAGAAGCAACAACUAUUGCAGAUGCUGAGAGGUAUUUUAAGCAGGCUUUGAAAGCAGGGGAGAUGAUUUACAGGAAGUCUCAGAACUGCCAUUCCCAAAGUCCCCAGCAUGAAGCACAGCUAAGAAGAGACACUAAUGUACUGGUCUAUGUGAAAAGAAGACUGGCUAUGUGUGCAAGAAAACUUGGAAGAAUUCGAGAAUCAGUAAAAAUGAUGAGAGAUUUAAUGAAAGAGUUUCCACUUCUCAGCAUGCUGAAUAUUCAUGAAAAUCUCCUGGAGGCAUUACUGGAGUUACAGGCUUAUGCAGAUGUCCAGGCAGUUUUAGCAAAGUAUGAUGAUAUCAGUCUUCCAAAAUCAGCAGCAAUAUGUUACACAGCAGCCCUGUUAAAAGCCAGAGCUGUUUCAGAAAGGUUCUCCCCAGAAACUGCCUUCAAAAGAGGGCUUAGUACAGCAGAAAUAAAUGCUGUGGAAGCAAUUCACAGAGCUGUGGAAUUUAACCCUCAUGUUCCAAAGUAUUUACUAGAGAUGAAAAGCUUAGUCCUACCUCCAGAGCAUAUCCUGAAACGAGGGGACAGCGAGGCAGUAGCAUAUGCUUUUUUCCAUCUCCAGCACUGGAAGAGAAUAGAAGGGGCUCUACAUCUGCUGCACUGUACAUGGGAAGGCACAUUUAGGAUGAUCCCAUACCCAUUAGAGAAAGGUCACCUUUUCUAUCCCUAUCCAAGUUGCACGGAAACAGCAGACAGAGAACUGUUGCCAACAUUUCAUGAAGUCUCCGUUUACCCACAGAAGGAGCUUCCCUUUUUCAUUCAUUUCACAGCAGGCCUGUGUUCCUUUUCGGCAAUGCUUGCACUCCUCACACACCAGUUCCCUGAGCUGAUGGUCGUUUUUGCUAAAGCUGUGCUGCGAGUUCUGUGGCCCGUGAGUGCCCCCAGUGUGCUGGCAUCUGGCUGAGCCCCUCACACCCCGUUCUUUGGGACUCUCCUUUUAUCCUUUGCUGUGGAAACAUUAAGAUCCUCACGUUUUCCAGCCUUUGGCACCAGCUGAGUGCAGCAUGCCUCCCAGAGGCUUCGAUUGCAUUGUUCUGAGUGUGUCCUGGCAGCACCCUGGGCAUGGUUUGCUUGCACCUGACUGUGGGAGGCAGAGAAGAAAGCUAUGCUGCUCAGACAGCUGCCCUUUGUAGGCUGCUGUGUUGGUAAUGGUGCUUCAUGUUUGAGUUCCUUCUUUGGCCAUAGAGUCUGUAAUCAUCUAAGAAAAUAGUUUUUAUUGAGUGGUAACCCUAUUGCUCUCUUAAUCACAACUGGAAGGUAAUACUUCUGUAAGAAAUGUGAGAAUGUAAGUUGGCCGGAUGUUUUGAGUCUUGACACUUCCUUCUCAGCUGCAGAUGCACAGGAUUACUGGCUUUGGCUUUAAUUUUGUAAGUCUUUUUCAAAAUAUUUGUUAAGAGCAAAGUAUGGUUUUGCUUUCUUUAUUAAAAGGUUGCUUCUCAACGUGUGGAGUUUGUUGAAUUCUUAAGCGCCUGUUUUAAUGUAGAUGAUAGUGUGCAGAGAUUUAUUUCCUCUGUACCCUGUAAGUUUGCAGUACACAAGGAAAUUGUAGUGUAAACUCCUCUACUUCAUGUUUUUAUUUCUUUAGAGUGAACUGUACGUAUUUUGUCUCUCAGAUCCCUUUGCCUUGAAGAAUGGGCUAAAAGUGACUGUGGUAUCUGCAUGGGAGUCUCCUUGGGAGACCUGAACUUUCAAGUGUUAGUCCAAAGAAAAGUGCUAUCAUUGUUGAUAUCAAGAUCUGAAGAGACCUGAGGUGUGGAGCACUCUUAAAAGGAAUUACUUCAGAUAUGGACCAGCCACGAGGGUCUGUUUAUUGGAAAGGUGAACAGAUAGCUGUGGCAGCCAAGUGCUGGGAGGUAAUUGGUGUGACCUCCAUUUCCACCCUUCUCCCAUUAGAGAGUAUGUCAACUUCUCAACACUCAAGUCUGCUGCUCAGUACUGAGGAAGCAGGCUCAUGUUAGACAAAAAGCUUCUUAAAAUGUGGAAAUUACAAAAAUAGCACAGGCUUGCAGAUAAACAUUAAUUCUGUGCAUAUUAAAAGUCGUCCAUCUUCCUAUGUUUCUGAGAUACGUGUAGUUAUCCUUAAUAACUAGGGAGAUUUUGCAUGCUUCAUCUUCACUGAUCUUUGUGAAAGAUUGAUGUGAGCUGUGACCUUGACAGCUUCUGUGAAAGGUGUCAUAAAUUACUCUGGUUUUUGAAUCCUGAAUGGAAGAAGCUUGCUGUAGCCUGUACUAUUCUCUGAAGCAGUACCUACAUCAAUCAGCAAGAAUGUUUUUUAUUUGAUUCUUUAUUGUAGGCAGGACUCUUAUGAUAUUUUAAUUAGUACAGAUGAAGUAUUCCAUAUAAUUCUGAUUCUCUAAAGGUCUUUCAGUGCAGGUGCAGCUUCUGGUACUUCUGCAGAGCUUCCAGCCUAAGGACCAGUGGGCAGAUGUGAGUAGUGGAAUGGUUGUUCCAGCUUUUGGCAGAAUGUAAAGUGAAAACAUGCAACGUAAAAACAGAAGGAGUUUUUCAAAUCUAGUUUAAAAAAAAAAAUAAAAGACUAUGAAGCAGACAAUCACCUGUGCACCUCCUGAUUGUGAAUGGCUGAGAUGGAGCACCCAUGUUUAGGUAGGAAUGCCAUUGUUACUCUCUUUUGUAUGUUGGUUGGGCUUUAGUCCAGGUUAAAUACUUGAAUUCAUCAGGGAAUCAAGAGGGGAGCCCUACAGAAAGGCAAUACUUUUUUUUUUUUUUAGUUGCCUACCCGCUUGUAGGUGACUUUCUCAACUUCCCUUCCAGUUGAAUUGCAGCCAUUGGUGGUGUUUCUCACUGUGGAAUCAAUGUGGUGAUUAAUAGGUAUGUUGUGUUCGUGUAAUUUCACAUCUUGGUCCACAGGGGCCCAUAAGGUAACCAACCUAAUGCUUUUUAAAGUUGAACAUUUUCCAGCAUUUGUGUGAGGUUAUAAAUGAAGCAGUGCCUCCCAUGUAUCAUCCCAAGAGCUGCUUUCUUUCACUGUCCUCCCCUGACAUAACAGUAACAGAAAGGGGAUGGGCUUGUGCUGAAAGUAUAGCUGGCAGCAGCCUAUGUAAUGAAAAUGUUCCUGUCUACCUUGAAGUGCCAGUAAUUCUUGAGGAAGGAGGAGCUCUCUGCAUGAUUUCCUAGCAGGAUUGUUCAUGCUUUAUAGCAACAUUCCUUUGCCACCUUGGAGCAGGGGCUUAGCACCUGAUGCAUACCACAGUGCUACCAUAUCAGUCUACAUGCAAUUAAGUUGUAUAAUGUAUAUGUAACAAGACAAUUAUGACUGGGGACAGAUAAGCAUUGAUUGUUGCCAUUUCCCUGAAACAUGCACUUUACAAUAUGUGCCUCAUAGCCACUGGAAUAGCAGAAGCCUUUUUAAGGCUUUAUGUCAUGUAGUAGGCUUCCCAAGUCUUCAUUUUAUUUGGAGGAGCCAAUGAAAGGCAAAGAACUUGAAAAUCAACGUUUAUUUAUAUACAUGCUGCUAAUAUGUGAAUAAUUACAGUCUCUUUGAUUCACGCUGGCAGGAUUUGAAUUUUUUGUUGAUGUUGUUGCUCAUGGUGUCGUAAAGCACCUCAGAACCACUCAGUUUUUGCUCAGCUCUCUCCAGAUGUUUGUGUUGCCAGUUGUCUCCUGCAGAGGUAGUGACUGUGCUGAGCAGCUUCCCAGGGGCAAAACUUUCCUCUGGCUUGUAAUUAACUCUUAAAGCAGCUGUGUGACAGCAUAGGCUUAUAAGCUCUUCUGGUUGGCAGAGGCAGCAUGAGGCACCUCUAGUUUCUUUGGGCUCAUAAGCCACGUCAGAAUUAGCCUGUAGGUAACUAGCUCCCUUGUAACUAGCUGUGUAUCAUGGUGUUAGCCUCUGUUCUUGAAAUAUGCAUCACUGCUGCUUAUGCACACAUGCACUCGUGGCUGCAGGACUUUUCACCCUGUCACAGACCACGGUCACCAUUUGUCACUAUGCUGACAAGCUCGUGCUGGAGGUGCUCACCUCUUAGCUCAGGCUGCUGCAUUGGAGCAGCUGAUGGCUGAGGCUCGGGGCACUCCAGCCAUCCCAUGCCACGUCUCUGGUGUGAGCCAGGCCAGGUUAUUUCCUGCCUCCUUGUCCUGGAAUUGUUGUGAAGGUGCCAAGGUGUAGAUCCAUGACUCUGAGCAAGGCAGUGUUUAAAGGUCAUAGUCAAGAUCAUUAAUAACAAGGUGCAAACGGCUGGUUUAUAUGUAACGUGAAGCUUUUUACUUAUUUCAUUUUUGCACUUUGGGGGCUCUGUUUGCUUAUGGAGCACUUGGUGUCUGGUACCUAUUUAGGCUGAGAGCAGGCAAUUGGGUUCCUUCAGGCCUUCAGAGGAAUGCAGAAAAUUGUUCUCUGGUGUUGUAAUUCUGCUGGGAUAACUGGAGCUUAUUUGUCUCACUGCUUAUUAAAUGCAUACUUGUCUUGAGGUCCUCUUUUUUUCUUUUUCUUUUUUUUUCUAAAAAGCGUUGGGUGAAUCCCAAGGACCACAAGUGAGAGGAAGAUUCCAGGGGGAGGGGGAGAGAGAAGAGCCUGCACCUCUCUUUGAACUGCAUCAUUGGCCUCCUUGUGCCAGCAGGCUGAGGAGGUUAAACACGAGAGCAAACUCCCAGAGAGAAAAGGAGAUGUACAUAUGGGGGUCUUAUGGACAUAAAUUAAUCUGCCCUUCCCCCCUGCCCGGAGAUGACAGGCUGAGGGGAGAUGCACCUCCCAAACUACUAAUAUAUGGGGUGUGUGGUUGGGAGCCACAUGGAACUGCAUUGAGAUUUCAGAACAGGAACAGCUGUGGAAGCAGAGAGCAGAUGUGUGCUGGUGCUGUGUUCUGAGCAGAAGAUGGUAUUGGUAGCAAGGACAGAGAGCACAGAUGGGAUUCAGAUUCUGCCAGCCUCCCAGCAAUACCCACAUUCCCAUGCUUUGCUGUUAACAAGAACAAGCAGACUCCUUGCUUUCCUUUCUGCAGUUAAAGGAUGUGAGGCUGUGUAAGUGCUGGGCUGUCUGUUCUGAUCUUCUACUUACGGUUCAGAAAUGUCCCCUAACCAUCAGGUCACACUGGCAGCAGUAGUAAUGGUGGGCUUCUGUGUUCAGCCUGCUGUGAUCUGAACUCACCCACAUGUCAAUAAAGACAGGGAGAAAGUCAGUUUUUGAACUCUGGCUCCCUCCUCCCUUCCUUGCACCUCCCAGCUGAGGCGUGCUCUGCAUGCCCCAGCCCUAAGCACUGCAGGAAGAGGACGGUGAUCAGGGAUGCUGGUCAUCAGCUUGGAAUUUUCCUCUUUAUUUCCAGCUUCGAUUGUUGUGUCUUGCUUUUUGGUGGGCCCUUAGGUGAGUCUAAUCACUGGGGAAUGCUGGAUAACACACCCGUGUUCAUUGCAUCAGUAAGGGUGCUUCCAUUACAAUGAAUACAUCUCUCCAUUGGGGAUCUUCUUGCUUUGGUUAUUUCUGGUCAAUGACAUUUUCUUCUACUCUGGAUGCCUUGAAUUGUGCAAUCACACCAUAGCCUCAUCAGUUUGGAUCCUUCUCUUAACAAACUCUUGAUUUCUUUUCUAAUCUGGCUAUAGGCUAUCAUCAGUUAUAAAACAGUGUGACAGAGUAUGUGACUAUUGCAUUCUCCCAUUCUGACUCAUCAGCUGUGAUUUCAGAGCAGUAAUUCCCUGCUGCUAGUUGGAGCAGCCCUUCGUAACUCAUGUUCAGUAAGAAGGGAUAGGAAGGUUCCAACACAGACCUUGACAGGUUGUGCAAAUGUUAGUCAGAAGACCCUGAUACAUCUGUCCCUGAAACUUGGACCUGUCACAGGAGUGUGGCUGCUGGGAUAGCCCUCAUUCAGCACACUGGCACAGGUGCAGGAGCACUGCCUUCUGCAGAGGCAUGAGUGUGAUGGUGAACAGAGGCAUCUACAGCUGUGACAAGGGUUUUUAAGACUGGGGUGUAACCGAGUGUUGUAUGCAUUCUGGAUUGUU